GAAUUCUCAACAUCUUUUGGAAGGCAAACAUAGAUACAUAUCUCGUAUCAAUGGCCAAACAUCACAUUAUAUUUCUUCUCUUCACAUUCAUCUUCUGGGCAGUACUGUUUUCUGAAACAUCAGCAGUGACCGAUCCUUUGGAUGUCGCAACUCUGCAGGGCCUUUACAUCUCCCUAAACUUCCCACCCCAACUCACUGGAUGGAAAUUUGUAGGUGGUGACCCCUGUGGAGAAAGCUGGGAAGGAAUCAAAUGCUCUGGAGAUGCCAUCCAAUCCAUCAAAAUUUGUGGGCUACAAAUCACUGGAACGAUGGCUUUCGAGCUUGCUAACCUCCGAUCACUUGAGGAACUGGACGUCAGUAACAAUAGCAUUCAUGGCGUAAUUCCUUUAUUUUUGCCCCCCAGUGCAACCCAUAUAAACCUGGCAUUCAAUCGGCUGAGACAGGAUAUUCCAUUCUCCAUAGCUUCCUUGAAAUCUCUCCGUUAUUUGAAUCUGAGUCACAAUUCCCUCUCUGGUUCCAUUGGGGACAUAUUUACUGGUCUGGAGAAUCUAAAACAAAUGGAUUUAUCCUACAACAGUUUCACAGGAAAUCUGCCCAUUUCAUUUGUUUCCUUGACGAGUCUUACUGCUCUUGACCUGCAGAACAACCAAUUUACUGGAUCAGUUAACUUCCUGGCGGGUCUCCCUCUAUCAUACCUUAAUAUUCGAAACAACUACUUCAGCGGUGUUGUUCCUAAGCAGUUUGAACUCAUUUCAAAUCUCAGUAUUGAGGGAAAUAUGUUUGCAACCAACACUGUCUGUCCACCGCCAAAUAUCACUCCUGAUAAUAGGCCGAGCUGUCAGAACAUCAAUAAUUCCACAUCAACUGAGAAUGAUAGCCAUGAUCAUAAAAUGUUGCCAAAUAUCACUCCUGAUAAUAGGCCGAGCAGUCAGAACAUCAACAAUUCCACAUCAACUGAGAAUGAUAGCCAUGAUCAUAAAAUGUUGGGGCGUGGGUCAAUAAUUGGGGCAACUGCAUGCCUAGUAACCUGUGUAGCAGCUCUUGUCAUAAUACACAAGCAUAUAUCCUACAUCAACUGA